AUGUUAAGAUGCAAACAAAGCGAGAUGGAGUGCGCAGACGAGGUACGUAAAACCAAGUACAUCUGUUUCAACGAAGAGUACGAGAUGACGCACGACCCAUGCCUCGUCUACAGCUUUGGUAAAGACGAGGACAACCAGUUUGAGCGAGAUAUGCAAAUGUUUAGCUGCGAGGUACACGCUUUUGAUCACAAGAAGGUGACGGAAGCAGAACAUGUACAGAGGUCAGAGUACUGGCGGGAGCACGCCUGGAACAUAGCAGCCUUUCCCUAUGAUCUGCCUGGGGAAGGUGGUAAGGUAGAGCUGCGCCGCUCUCUUGAUUACAUUGCCACCACACUCAGACACACAGGUCGUCAGAUCAAGUUUCUCAAGAGUGAUUUGGAGGGUCGUGAGUGGAUCCUCCUCCAGCAAGUCAUCACUAGUUUACACACGCUAGAUGUGAGGCAGAUUGGUGUUAGACUCCACAUCUCCAGCGAUGUCAACAAGAAGACCGGUGAAGCUAGACACCAGUACUUUGCAAAGCUCUUUCAGGUGUUCCAGGGUCUUCAGUGCGCGGGUUAUAAGUAUGUGAUGGGUAGAGCAGUAAGGUACUACAAAGGAGUGGUGAGGAUACCUGAGCUAGGUAACACCACCUACUUCCCAGCUUAUGAGAUCAACUGGGCCAAGGUGGUCUAGAAGCUAUCAAUAUUCCCAUGAGAAAAGCUAUCUUACAGCCUCUGCUUCACCCGCUAUGAUGUCAGUACUUCCCGUGUUGUAAGCAUCUUCCAUCAAUAUGCCAAAACCCGUCACAAAGAAUCUGCCUCGACCAUCACCAACCUUCAAGCAUCUGCCUUCGUUACCAGCAUGAUAGCUUUAUUCUUAGGGUAUUUUAUAUGGAUUCAUCCACUAACAAUACAAUCUCGGUAUACAUUCCUUACCACCAAUACCAAUCACAGGAUAUUAGCCAUCACCAACACCCUCACAAUCACUCUCACUAUAUCUGCCACUGGCACUCCUAUAAGAGUCACUAUUAUUCUCGCUAAGACUAUCACCAUAAUCACUUUCUCUGCCUCAUUAAGCUCAAUCUCAGUACAUUUAACAUAAUCACUAUAACCACCACCAUACCAACUCCAAUCUGAGUACUGUUGUCACAAUCACCAUUGCCAUCACCAGGCAUAAUGUCUCAUAAUCAUCACUGUUACCAACACAGCAGUGCAAAUCAUAAUACACUAACCAAAAUUAUUACUUUCAAAAUAGUUACUACCAACAUCAGUCACAAUAGGUCUGUCAUAAUUACAAUCUCAACUACCCCCAAACCAGUCACAAUAACAACGAGAUGCAUUUCAGUCAAUGAGUGAUCCCAGAAAGUCUGCGCCGCAUUGCAUAAUCACAGUCCCCUGAGCUUCCCCGCACAGCAUAACCACAGACCCCUGAGCUUCCCGAUGUAGCAUAAGCACAUUCCUGUGAGCCUCCUCGCGUGGCAUAACAACAGUCCCCUGGCCUUCCCCACGUAGCAUAAGCAGUCUCCUGAGCUUCCCCAUGAAGCAUAAGCACAGUCCCCUGAGCUUCCUUGGGUAGCAUAACAACAGUCAACUGAGCUUCCCCACAUAGCAUAACAACAGUCCCCUGAGCUUCCCCAAGUAGCAUAACAACAGUCCCCUGAGCUUCCCUACGUAGAAUAACCACUGUCCCCUGAGCUUCCCCACGUAACAUUACCACAGUCCCCUGAGCUUCCCCACGUAGCAUAACCACAGUCCCCUGAGCUUCCCUGCGCAACAUAAUCACAGUCCCCUGAGCUUCCCAGCGUUGCAUAAGCACAGUCUCUUGAGCUUUCCCGCGUACUAUAACCACAGUCCCAUGAGCAUCACUAAAUUGCAUAACCACAGUCCCCUGAGCUUCCGCGCAUAGCAUAACCACAGUCCCUUGAGCUUCCCCACGUAGCAUAACCACAAUCCUCUGAGAUUCCCCUCGUAGCAUAACUACAGUCCCACGAGCUUCCCCGUGUAGCAUAACCACAGUCCCUUUAGCUUCUCCACGUAACCAUGACCACAGUCCCCUGAGCUUCCCCACGUAGAAAAACCACAGUCCCCUGAGCUUCCCCACGUAGCAUAAUAACAAUCCUCUGAGCUUCCCCGAGCAGCAUAAAAAUACUCACCUGAGCUUUCCCCCCUUGCACAACCAGAGUCCUUCAACUUCCCAACGUAGCAUAACCACAGUACCCUGAGCUUCCCUGCGAAGCAUUGACAGUCCCCUGAGCUUCCCGGUGUAGCAUAAUCACAGUUCUAUGAGGUUCGUCUCGUAGCAUAACCAGAGUCCCCUGAGCUUCUCCACGAAGCAUAACCACAGUCACCUGACCUUCCUCUUGUACCAUAAUCACAGUCCCUUGAGCUUCCUCGCGUAGCAUAACCACAGUCCCCUGAGCUUCUCAACGAAGCAUAACCACAAUCACCUGACCCUCCCCUUGUACCAUAAUCACAGUCCCUUGAGCUUCCUCGCGUAGCAUAACCACAGUCCCCGGAGCUUCUCAACAAACCAUAACCACAGUUAACCGACCUUCCCCUUGUACCAUAAUCACAGUCCCUUGAGCUUCCUCGUGUAGCAUAACCACAUUCAACUGAGCUUCCCGCGUAGCAUAAACACAGUCCCUUGAGCUUUCCCGCGUUGCAUAACCACAGUCCGAUGACCUUCCCUGCGUUGCAUAAUCACAGUCCCCUGAGCUUCCCCGCGUAGCAUAAUCACAGUCCUCUGAGCUUCCCCGCAUAGUAUAAGCAGUCCCCUGAGUUUCCCUGUGUUGCAUAACCACAGUCCCCUGAGCUUCCCUGCGUUGCAUAACCACAGUCCCCUGAGCUUUGCCAUGUAGCAUAACCACAGUCCCCUGAGCUUCUCAGUGUAGCAUAAUUACUGAACUUUGAGCUUAACCGCGAAGCGUAACCUCAGUACCUUGAGCUUCCCCACAUAGCAUAACCACAGUCCCCUGAGCUUCCCAACGUAGGAUAACCAGAGUCCCCUGAGCUUCUCCACGUAGCAUAACAACAGUCCCUUGAGCUUCCCCGCGUAGCAUAACCACAGUCCCCUGAGCUUCCCCGCGUAGCAUAACCACAGUCACCUGAGCUUCCCCACAUAGCAUAACCAGAGUCCACUGAGCUUCCCCGCGUAGCAUAACCACAGUCCCCUGAGCUUCCCCACGUAGCAUAACCAGAGUCCCCUCAGCUUCCCCGGGUAGCAUAAUCACAGUCCCCUGAGCUUCCACACGUAGAAUAACCACAGUCCCCUGAGCUUUCCAACGUAGCAUAACCGCAGUCCACUGUGCUUCCCCAUGUAGCAUAACCACAGUCCCUUGAGCUUCCUCGCGUAGCAUGACCCCAGUCCCCUUAGCUUCCCUGCGUUCCAUAACCACAGUCCCCUCAGCUUCGCCAAGUAGCAUAACCACAGUCCCCUCAGCUUCGCCAAGUAGCAUAACCACAGUCACCUGAGCUUCCCCACAUAGCAUAAACACAGUCCACUGAGCUUCCCCACGUAGCUUAAAAACAGUCAACUGAGCUUCACCACGUAGCAUAACCACAGUCCCCUGAGCUUCCCUGCAUUACAUAACCACAGUCCCCUGAGCUUCCCCACGUAGCAUAACCACACUCCCCUGAGCUUCCCCACGUAAUAUAACCACAGUCCCCCUAGC